UGACCUCGUUCAAUUUCGCUUGGUUUGCGGCCCCUGCUCCCCUGCCCCCUUCUCUCCCUCUCUCCGUCGUAUUAGGUCUUUUUCCCAUUACGCCAUUACUACCCUGGUCUCUACCGCGGGGUCCUUUCCUCACCAAACUCUUCAGCGGACGGUUGGUCAAUGAGAGGUCGCGUGGAUCUCCUCGCGGCUCUGCCCGUCUCGAUUGGUAUUACCCCCCCCCCCCCAUUUGGACUCCAUUGCAUGCUCCCACGCUUUUCGUGUUCUCAAAUCGCCCACGUCGCUGUGUGCCGCGACUCAUGUGCUCUCCAGCUGCGUGUUGGGCUUGAGUGUCAAGGAGCACCGUGGCUCCUCAGCGGGUGUGGGCUUCUUGAGAAGCGUGUGAGGAGUUUGUGAGAGAUUCUGAUUGUUUUUGAUUGACAAUUCAGUGCGAGUGUAGUAGGAAUUUUUGUGGAGUGGAAAGGGCUGCGUCGUGUGUUUCGUUGGUGGAAUUUUGGGGAUAUGUGGGUUUGGAGAAAGGGAAUUGGUUUGGGAAGUUUGUGAAGCAAAGAUGACGAGCGUGAAGAUGGCGCUGUCGUUUAUGCCCCCGGCUUUCAGCAUUUUUGAGGUAUGGGCAUCCGUAUUGUUGGUCACUGCGGUGGCGUUUUUUAUAUGGAGGCAGCAGGGAGAGAAAAAAGCUGUCGAGACGAAGCCUGUGGUGGCGAAGCCGGUACAGUUAGAUGAGGAGUUUGAGGAUAGCUCCGUGAAGCGAGUGACAGUAUUCUUCGGGACUCAGACUGGUACAGCGGAGGGGUUUGCGAAGGCGAUUGCUGAAGAGGCCAAGUCGCGGUACGAUAGCUCCUCCGUGGUGUUUAAGGUCGUGGAUCUAGAUGAUUACGGCGCGGAUGAUGAGCAGUACGAAGCAAGGUUGAAGAAGGAGAGCUUAGCGUUGUUUAUGGUGGCGACCUAUGGUGAUGGUGAGCCAACUGACAACGCUGCGCGGUUUUACAAGUGGUUUGUUGAGAGUGGGGAGGAUCAGCAGAUAGGGUUGGAUGGGUUGAAGUACGCUGUGUUUGGGUUGGGGAACCGACAGUACGAGCAUUUUAACAAAGUCGCGAAGAAGGUUGAUGAGGCAUUGACGCAGCAAGGUGCGCAACGGAUCGUAGAAGUGGGACUCGGUGACGACGACCAGUCCAUAGAGGAUGACUUCACUGCCUGGAAGGAAAAGCUGUGGCCCGAGCUCGAUGGUUUGUUGACGACUGAGGACGCCCCCACGACUCCCCAUGCGCCUUAUCAGGCCGCUGUCGCAGAGUAUCGGCUGGUCACUUACGAGCCUGGAACCAAGCUUUACGUGGAGGAGUACGCUGCCAAGAAAAAUGGGCAAGCUGUGUACGAUGCCCUCCACCCCUGCAGGGCAGACGUGGCCUUCGUCAAGGAGCUACAUAAACCUCUCUCUGACAGGUCAUGCACCCAUUUGGAGUUUGGCAUUGCAAACACAGGCCUGUCGUAUGAGACCGGCGAUCAUGUUGGAGUCUACGUGGAGAACAGCCAGGAGGAUGUUGAGGAGGCCGCUAAGCACUUGGGUUACCCUCUUGAUACUAUCUUCUCCCUCCAUGUGGAUGCAGAAGAGGGGCAGCUUUUAUCAGGGUCUCUUCCGCCCCCGUUCCCAGGGCCUUUGCUGCUUGAGACAGCACUGCGCCGUUAUGCUGAUUUGCUCAGUCCUCCUCGCAAAUCCGUGCUGUCUGUGUUGGCCGCAUUUGCCUCCGACCCGGAAGAGGCCGAGCGGUUGAAGCAUCUGGCGAGUCUGCUCGGUAAAGAAGAGUACACGAAGUGGGUGGUGGCUAGCCAGCGGAGUCUGAUCGAGGUGAUCGCUGCGUUUCCCUCAGUGAAAUUACCUCUCGGUGUUCUCUUCGCUUGCGUUGCGCCACGCCUGCAGCCACGGUUUUACUCCAUCUCAUCUUCACCCAAAUUCUCCCCGACCAGAAUUCACGUCACCUGCGCGCUUGUAUAUGGUCCGAGUCCCACGGGACGCAUUCACCGUGGUGUUUGCUCCACCUGGAUGAAGAAUGCACGCUCUAAAGACACUUAUGGUGCGGAUGACUGCAGCUGGGCUCCCAUUUUUGUCCGCCAGUCGAAUUUCAAACUACCCGCAGACUCGACUAUCCCAAUUGUGAUGGUUGGGCCAGGAACCGGAUUGGCUCCAUUCAGGGGUUUCUUGCAGGAAAGAGCUAUGCUGCAGGAAUCAGGAUCAACGCUGGGACCGGCUAAGUUCUUCUUUGGUUGUCGCACUCGUACCCAGGACUUUAUCUACGAGGAAGAGCUCAACGCCUUUGUUGAGAAAGGGAUCACCGAACUAACUGUAGCCUUCUCGAGGGAGGGUCCGAGAAAGGAAUAUGUCCAGGACAAAAUGCUGGAGCAAGCAGGAGAAGUGUGGAAAUUGAUUAGAGAAGGUGGAUACCUGUAUGUCUGUGGGGAUGCGAAGGGGAUGGCUAGGGAUGUACACAGGAUGUUGCACACCAUUGUGCAGCAGGAAGAGGGCGUGACGAGCUCGGAGGCGGAGGCCGUUGUGAAGAAGUUGUCACUGGAUGGGCGUUACCAGCGUGAUGUGUGGUAAUCCUUCUACUCGGCACGAGUGUUGCAAACCAGUGCCAGGGAUUGAGAUGGUUAUAGUUUAGUUAGAAAAUAUAGCCUAUAAGGGAACAUUAUACUAAUUAGGUCAAUCGGAUGGAUACACAGAGGGUAGUGCGCACAUUGUGCAAUGCAGAUUUGGAAGUUACGCUUAUCAGUUGUAAGGUAUUAAUGUAGUGAAUAGGCCUCUCGAGUAUGUAUAGUGUCCUUGAUUUGCAACGGGGACAAGACCUUGUACUUGCCAGUGGGAAUUGUCCUCUGGUCAUCUUCAGAUCUCUUGCUGGGAGGAAGCUCGCCAGUUUCACGUAUUUUAUUUUUCGUAACUCAGUUUCUUGGCGUUUCGAGUUUUGUCA